AUGAAGCUUUCAGCCCCACCAGGAGGAGGGCAGCAAUCUCCGGCUGCAUCGAAGACGGAAGCCGUGGAUACUCCACUGCACGUAUUUGGGUUUGAGAUUGAAGAACUGUCACCGCAGAAGGUCACCGGACGCCUUCAGGUUACCGACAAAUCCGUUCAAGGUGUUGCACGGAGGCGUGUCGGCACUGAUAGCGGAGGCACUAGCAAGCAUAGGAGCUCACAUGGCAUCAGGGUUGCAGAGGGUGGCCGGUAUACAACUCACUAUCAACCAUCUCAAGGCUGCCCCUCUCGGCGACCUUAUCUUCGCUGA